UUUCCCUACGCAAACUUUAAUCCACCCCUUAUUCCUGUUUCCAUUUUCGCUAUUAUUAUUUUGUUAAAACCUGUUGCUGUAAUUUUUCCUGUUGCAUUUAAGCCCUCUAUGAGUGCUCCUUCCGAUAAGCACCAACCACCACCACACCCAGAUAUUGAACAAAACAUUCUGUCGCUGCAGACGGGCACCCCUGGACACAGCUCAGCACCCGCGCAUGAAGCAGCGCGCAGACUCGGCCUACAGCGAGAUGGAGAUUCCCAACGGCCUCCAGAUCGAGCCGACUGCGUCCCCGGCAUCGAGCGAGCUGAGCAGCAGCGCUCCCCACGCCUACUGCAGUGACAUGGACCCGCUGGUGAAGCAAGCACUCGAGAGCGGCGACCGCAUGAAGGAGCGGCCGCUGUCGAUGGGCGAGCCGGGGGAUUACCUGGACAACCUCGACCGGUUCCUGCAGACAAACUACGAGUGCUCGUUCUGUCCGAUGGAGCAGCCGACGUUUGAGGACAUGCUCAAGCACAUCAAAAUAAAACACCCGUGGUACGAUCUCAAGAUUCACAAAAACAUCCGGUAGCCUGUGCUAGAGGCACCCCUCACCUACACAAACCUGGUACUCUUUCUGUCCAUUAUUCCGUCCUUGUAAAUUUGAAAAUAAAAUACUCCC